AUGAAAUUCACGAAUCGAUAUCGAACGCUAUAUGUUGGUGCACACAUGCCAUUUACUCCGACUGAAAGAAAACGAAAAGCGAAGAAAAGAGGACGUGGUUCAUUCAUAAGAGAAUCGGAUGGAACAAAAACAGACAACACGCCAACAGAACAUCCAAGUCAGCGUGUACAGUUUCUUUUGGGUGCACCAGAAGACGAGGAUGAUGAAGACGAAGAACAUAAACCUCAUGAUUUAUUUAUUGAAUUAGAUGAACUUGUGUCGCCAUCGCCAAACGACGCUGCUUCUGAUUCGGAAGUUGUUGAGCAAGGAUGGAAAGAAACAGCUCGAUGGGUGAAGUUCGAAGAAGAUGUUGAGAGUGGUGGCCGAUGGAGCAAACCACAUGUGGCAACAUUAUCAUUACAUUCAUUAUUGGAACUUCGAAAAUGUCUUCUAACGGGAAGUGUCAUGCUGGAUAUGCAUGCAGAAAAUCUUGGAACUAUAGCCGACAUGAUUUUGGAUGAUAUGGUUGCGGCUGAUUCUCUUCCACAAGAUAAACGACAACAAGUUCGAAAUGCAUUGAUGUUAAAACAUAUCCAUCAACACGAAAAAACAUUUCAUAAACAUUUACAUCGUGAAGAAGUCAAAAAACCAUUACCAUUCACCCGUUCAUUAGCCGAAUUUUCACGUAAUCGAUCUCAACAUGACGUACCAAAAGUGAGUAGUCAUGAACAAAUGGCACCAUCACAGACAAUACCUUCAUCGCCUCAAUUACCUACGAUUCCGCAAAACACAAUAUCACAAGUGACAUCCGAACGACCUCGACAGAUCGAUAAUGGUAUAGCGAAUGAUGAGUCAAAUAUGGCUUUAACACCAGUCGAAUCACGAGCCAAACUCAAUCAACAUUUUAUGAAAAAAAUACCACCCGGAAGCGAAGCAACAAAUGUUCUUAUUGGUGCUGUUGAUUUUUUAACAACACCCGUCUACGCAUUUGUUCGUUUGGCCAAAGGAGUUCAUUUGGGUGACUUAACUGAAGUACCCCUUCCAACACGAUUCCUUUUCAUAUUACUGGGGCCUCAAAAUGAGCUGCCACGUUAUCAUGAAAUUGGACGAUCAAUAUCAACGCUGAUGUCAGAUGAAAUCUUUCAUGAUGUUGCCUAUCGAGCGCAUGGUAGAAAUGAUUUGCUGGCAGGUAUUGAUGAUUUCCUCGAUCACGUUAUCGUGUUGCCUCCUGGUGAAUGGGAUCCAAACAUUCGAAUUGAACCACCAAAAAAUGUACAGAAAAGAGAAGAACGUCUUGAUCGCACGAAAAUUAAUGGUGUAACACAAAUGCUAGAAGAAGACCUUCCAGAACAUGAAGCUGAUCCUACUUUAGUUAGAACCGGAAAGUUUUGUGGUGGUCUUAUUCAAGAUAUAAAACGAAAACUCUCGUUUUAUUGGUCCGACAUACGCGAUGCUUUCUCAUUUCAAUCAGUUGCUGCAGUCAUAUUUCUCUAUUUUGCUUGUCUCAGUCCAAUUAUCACAUUUGGUGGCCUGCUCAGUAAAGCAACUGAUAACAAUAUGGCAGCUUUUGAAAGUUUAUUAUCCGGUGCUAUAUGUGGCUGUUUAUAUCAUUUAUUUGCUGGUCAACCGCUAACCAUUGUGGGAAGCACUGGUCCAGUGCUCGUAUUUGAAACUAUCGUUAAUCAGUUUUGCAAGACUCAUGGAUUUGACUACAUGGGCUUUCGUGUAUGGGUAGGACUGUGGACAUCCGCGAUUUUGUUGAUUAUGGUUAUGACGGAUGCAAGUUAUUUGGUUAAAUAUAUCACACGAUUUACCGAGGAAAGUUUUGCUGCUUUAAUUGGUAUCAUAUUUAUUUACGAAGCAUUCGAUAAAACAAUUGACAUCAAUAAAUCUUAUCCAUUUCGUUUAAAAACCGAACAUUUAUUGCCAGACAAUUGUAGUUGUAUAGGAGGCAAUCUUGGAAACUUAACAGCCAAAUAUGGAUUAUCAUUUGAUGAAUGUAUGAGACAAGAUUUACCAUUGUUAUCCGGUGAUACAUGUCCACAAACAAAAGAGAAUGCCAUUCCCAAUGUUUUUUUAUUUUCACUUAUGUUAUUUUUAUCCACAUUUGUCAUGGCCUAUACGUUUAAAAAUUUUAAAUUUACAAGGUUUUUACCAAUGGCGCUAAGAUCAAAAAUAAGCGAUUUUGGUGUUGUAUUAGCAAUUGCUCUUAAUGUUUUAAUUGAUUUUCUUGUCGGUAUUACUACACCAAAAUUAGAAGUGCCACAAAAAUUUGAAACGACCUUAAAGGGACGAGGAUGGUUUAUAAGUCCAUUCAACCGAAAUCCUUGGUGGUUAUCGUUGGCUGCAUUUCUUCCCGCUCUGUUGGUAACGAUCUUAAUAUUUAUGGAUCAACAGAUUACUGCUGUUAUUGUCAAUCGAAAAGAAAAUAAAUUAAAAAAAGGUUGUGGUUAUCAUUUGGAUUUGUUAAUUGUCGCUCUUUGUAUUGCCAUUAAUUCGUUAAUUGGUUUACCUUGGUUCGUUGCCGCAACUGUAUUAUCAAUUAAUCAUGUAAUUAGUUUAAAACUUGAAUCAGAAACAGCAGCACCCGGAGAAAAACCACAAUUUCUCGGCGUUCGAGAACAACGUGUUACAGGAUUCAUCGUAUUUUUAUUAAUUGGUCUAUCAGUAUUUCUGACAAAUUUUCUUCGUUUUAUUCCUAUGCCAGUUCUAUAUGGCGUUUUUCUUUAUAUGGGUAUAUCGUCGAUGAAAGAAAUUCAAUUAAUAUCAAGAUUAUUGUUAAUGUUAAUGCCUGAAAAAUAUCAGCCGGACAUGGUUUAUCUGAGACACGUACGAACAGUCCGUGUGCACAUAUUUACCAUCAUCCAACUGACAUGUUUGAUAUUACUAUGGGUUAUUAAAUCGGUUAAAAAAAUAUCAAUACUAUUUCCAAUUAUGGUAUUAGCUCUAGUGGGUGCACGUAAAGCGAUGGAUUACAUCUUUACACAACGAGAAUUAUCUUAUUUGGAUGAUGUGAUGCCAGAAUCAACGAAAAAAGCUGCAGAGGAUCGAGGAAAAAGCGAUGAAGAUGAUAAUCCAAAAAAAAAUAGUAAAGAUUUCACUGGUGAAAUUCGUAUUCCACUUGCUGAUGGAAAAAUUGUUAAAGUUAAUGGAGAUAAUGUCAAGAUUGAUCCUUCUACUGGCAUUAUAAAUAUUUCUGAUGAAGUUGCUAAAACAUUUUUAUGGAAAUCAAUAGCAAACGUUAAAGAAACUAAAGAUAAUAGUAGUAAUAAACAGAAAAGAUCAUCUGAAUCGACAAAAACACGUGGAUCAGGCAUUAAGAGAAGAAUCAGAAACUUGAGUCUUAAUUUUAUUGGCGAUGAUCAUGAAGAACGACCGUUAAUGAAAAACGUUACAAAUACUCAAACUUCUACAUCGCAAAGUAAUCAACAACAACCAACAUCUCCUAUGCCAUCAAUUAUCAUUGAAAGACCAGAUUCGUCGUCCGUUGUUGAAAGAACUAAAAGUAUUAUUUAA